UCAAUGCGUGUGAAUACGGUGACACAAAAAAGUUUUGCCAUUUUUAUUACAAACAUACUUUAAGACAACUUUCUGCCUGUCAGAACCCGAGGCCCGUUAACUAAAGAUGUUGAGACAAAUGCAGCACAACGCAUUUCUGAACCGUCGGGAUCCUAAGAGGACUAUCAUAGCAUGCAUGUUUAAAACAAAUCCAUUCCAGCCAUGGUGGUCAGAUUUCCUGUAGUGUAUGUCCUGGCAAGCUCCAGGACUUCUUUGAUAGUCUCACACUGACAGCAUUAUGGAGGAGGAAGAGGCCCCCGUCGAUGGCGAGGUGGUGACCCCCUUUGCUGCAGAGACCUAUGCCGCUGAGGCCAUGGCUGCAGACAUGGACCCUUGGGUUGUGUUUGACUCGAGAAGAACUCCCAGAUCCGAGUUUGAUGGCUGGCUGGAGAGCAACAGGCCCUCACAAGUGUACAGAUUUGGUGAUGAGGAAGGUGGCGUUAGCCCUGUAGGGUGGAUCGCUGUGCUGGGCCCCAACCACUGCCCCAGUGGUGGUGACGUUCUGGGUCUCCAGGAGAGCUGGGAGAAACUUUUGGCCAGUGGCCGGCCCGUCAGCUUCCAGACAGUGAAGGAGCUGGCCCUCAACCACGGGGUGCUCACUGGCAAGUGGCUGAUGCACUUGGACUCUGGUUUUAAGUUAGACCAUGCAUGGGAGUGUGUGGCCAGAGCAGCCCUGGAUGGCAAGGUCUCCCUAGUUAAAGUCAGUCCCUAUGAUCCGAAGGGAGAGGGCAAGCAGGUCAUUUGUGCCUAUAACGAGAACUUCAGUGACGAGAGCGAGGUUAUAGGGCUGGACUCCGUUAUCCGUGCCACAGGGGUCAAAUGCCCCCUCUCCUACAAGCCAGAUGUGUACACAUAUCUGGGAAUUUACCGAAAUAACCGCUGGAAGCUUUGUCCAACUAUAUAUGAGAGCAAAUUUGACCUGGAGUGUGUACCAAGGCGUUCCCACAUCGUCAACAAAGUCACCAAUCUUGAGGUAACAUAAAGCUGUAAGAACGAGGGGAUAGUUUUGCAGGACGGGUAAAUAAGGGGCACUUAGUGAUCCCAUGAGAUGGGUUGUGCAGUGCAACUCACUGACUGAAAUUGUUUUGAGUCAGUGGUUGAAUUUUGAUGUCAAGAUCUUCCUUUUUGGAAAAAUAGCACUAAGUCUCAUUUCAGUUUUGACAUCUCAUGUAAUAUUUUGUAAGUGACCUGAAAUAGUCUUUUUUUUGUACUAAAUAUAUUGUAUUCAUAAGUAAUUUGUAUUCUUGAGGUUCUGUUUGUACACACUAACACUUACCUGACUUACAGGUUGGCUAAAGAAAUCCUUGAUUUGUAUGCACGUGUUCAGGAGAAAAUAUGCAUCCAAUGAAGCAUUUCUUUUUGACAAUGUACAUUCCUCUCAUUUGUGACUUUAUUUUUUGCUUACAGAGUUGCCAAAUAAAAUACAAUUUUGAA